GGCGCCGCCCGCGGCGGGAGCUGUCCGCGGAGUCUAGUGCUGAAGUGGGAGCGGACGAGGCCGGUGCCCGGAGCGAGGGGCCCUACCUGCACCCCCGGCGGCCGGGUCGGCGAAGACUAUGGCGUUCAUGGUUAAGACCAUGGUGGGGGGCCAGUUGAAGAAUCUCACCGGGAGCCUGGGGGGCGGCGAGGACAAAGGGGACGGGGACAAGUCCCCCGCUGAAGCCCAGGGCAUGAGCCGGGAGGAGUACGAGGAGUAUCAGAAGCAAUUGGUAGAAGAGAAGAUGGAGCGGGACGCGCAGUUCACGCAGAGAAAGGCGGAGCGCGCCACGCUGCGGAGCCACUUCCGGGACAAGUACCGGCUGCCCAAGAAUGAGACUGACGUGGGCCAGAUCCAGCUGGCAGGAGGAGACGUGGAGCUGCCCCGGGAGUUGGCCAAGAUGAUCAAGGAGGACACUGAGGAAGAGGAGGAGAAGGCGUCAGUGCUCGGGCAGCUGACCAGCCUUCCUGGCCUGGACCUUGGCUCCCUCAAGGACAAGGCGCAGGCCACAGUGGGGGACCUGAAGCAAACAGCUGAGAAGUGCCGCAUCAUGUGACUCUCCCCUGGGGCUAUCCCUUGGGGUGGCCAGGAGGCUGGGUCCCCCUGAGGGUUCAGAGCAUGUCCGCUCGCAGGGACCCUGGCCCCAUCUCACUUGCUUCUCCCUGCCCUUCACAGCCCCAGGACCCUUGCUGCCCUUAUUCGGAGCUUGCUUUCUGCUCUCUCCCUUUCGCCUGUGCCUCUCACCCCUUCCUAGUCAGCCUCGGGGGCCUCCUGUCUUGCUCCCAAGUGCUCGCACACAGAGGGACACACAGGCAGCAGCCCUGCCCCGUGCAGAGGCACGCAGCCUGGCACACUGCGUCAGCUCCCUGGGUCUCUCGUGGCCCUGAGUGGCAGGCUGGGCCGCGUGGGCCUCACGCACUCUGAGACGGGAGGCCUGAGCAUCCACUUUUCUUCUCCUGGAAAGCAGUUGGGCUCUCGGGGCCUUCAGUCCUCACCGCUCCCGUGGACACGCCUUUCCAGCAUGAGCUCCCCAGGCCUGCGUGCGGCCAGGUGCCCCGGGGGCAGCAGCUCGGGCCCCGGGCCUUCUCUUUCUGUUUGGUUCCCGUAGAACAACCUCCAGAUUCUGUAGCUGGAUCUCCUCUCUGAGCUCAGUGAAAAAAAUAA